AUGUGUCUCAAGCGCGUACACUUCAUCGGAGCUCUGUUGGCGCUUUGGAGCUUUCCAGCUUCGUCGGAGUUCCCUUUGCUGUUUCCCGCUUCUUCCGUUUACCAGGUGACUUCCUCGUUGUCCGUCCCCGUCGUAAUACCCGAUCGCAAGCUCUUCUGGGACUGGGGUCUGCAAAUGAACUAUGCCUUUCCGAGUCAGCCCUCGUCCUUUUACGCGGCCACCAUCUGGCCGGAUGAGUUCUCGCGACGCGGCAAGCGUCAUUUGCGGAACGAGACUGAGAAGUAUUUGCCAGGAGGAGUAAAGUCAAUGCAUCCUAAUGAUUUCACUGCCGGAGAACUUUACGAAAGCCUUGAGAACAUGCUAGCGCGCUACGGCUUCGAUGAGUCCUGUCUGUUGCGCAGUGUUUGUGAGCUAGCCCGACAUCCCUUCCAGGAUGCGGAAAGCAACAUGCUCACCGCCUUACUGACCUUCACCCUGACACCAUCAAUGCACGAGGCCUUUGGUCCCAAAGAACGUGUCUACCGAGAAGCCUACGAGCAGGCGGAGCAAUACGGAUUUAUGGGAAACGAUUGUGCGGGUCUAUAUACCAACUGCCCGUUUGAGUUUCUCACAGGAAUCAGCAGUCUUUUGAGCUCCAAGCUAAGUACCUAG